UUUCAUUACAAUGUACCGAAAUAUAGAAAUAUAUUUUUGAUAAUAAAUUAGCGAGUGUAUGUCGCCCCGAUUUCCAGAAACAUUGAUAUAACUCUGUGAAAAACAUUUAUAUCAGGCUGCGGAAAAGGAAAAAGAAACACUUGAAGAUACAUAUCUCGAGUUUUGGAACAAUAAGACAAAAUCCGACUUUAAUACGAUUAAAAUCAGUAAUAAAAAACGGCAGAAAGCAGAUUAAAGUGACGGACACAUGUCUUUUCGUCAAAAGAGCAGAGCGAACGAGAGGAUGGCGCGCUUUGAAGUUAAGUUCAUGGGGCAAUUAAUGAUUCGAACAAAUUCCAAUUAUAAACUGAAAAACUCAGCAAAUUUCGUCGAAUAGUUCAUCAACGAACAGAGCUCCAAAGUGAUUUUUUCAGCAGUUAAAUCGGAUCAACAAGGAAACCAAAACAAAGCCCAUUCUCCUCGUAGCAAUGCAGUCCAGUAAGCUGCAAACGGGGAUCAGUUGAAUGGUUUCGAUGACAGAGUGAAAAUCUCGGCGACUGAAAAAAUAUAAUCGAAAAUGGCUCAAUAUCAGUGUUGUUAUUUGCCUGUAAUUUGCAAUUCACAUUAAUUUCGAUGCGAAGAAUCGAAACAAUAGAAAACAUUUUAUUUAUCGAUUCGAUCGUUUAUUGGUGCAUUGAUGUCAGUGUUACGCAGUCGAUGUAAAUGAAAGAAAGUUCUUAAAUGGACUGAAACCGAUGUGCGACACAAUCCGUUUAUAACGAUUACUAUUGUUGCGAGUGCGAAAAGGCGAGCGAAAAGGACACAGAAAAAAACCGACAUCAAAAAAAUACAUUUUCGAGUAACGAAGAAGGGAGAACGAAAAAAAACACGCGUUACAAAUUCGAUUGAGCAAAGACACAGAGACACAGAGACACAUACACACACAAAGCGAAAUCGUUUUUGAAGCGAACAUCGGACAAGGAAAAAAAGCGUCGUGUAAUUGAACCCAUGAGUGCACAGACAUAAAACGAUUUAAUUCAUUGUCGCAACGGAUGUAUUUUCUGAAUCCAUUUAGCUGUUAGUGUGUAAAGGAUAAAAGCAAACGAAAACUAAUUUUCGAAAUGGCGAAUGCGUGUAUUAUUUAGAAAUUCGUCUUCAUCAAUUAAAUGUGAAAAAUAGACAAAUAUUGAAAUGUGCGAUUUGAUUAAAGUGACUGUAAAUUUAGUGAAAAAACCACAAAAAGACCAACAAAUGAAACGUUAGUUUUGGAUUGUGCGUUCGUUUUUGUGCUGAAAUUAAAAUGAAUAAUAAACAAAGUGGUGUUGGUGUUGGAAGUAUGAAUCGGGAUUCACCGAGCCCUCCGCCACCAACGCUGUGCUUUUCAACGCGUCGGAGCAGCAACAGUGGUAGUGGUGGUGACAACAAGAAACAGCAUCGUCAUCAUCAUCAUCAUCAUUAUCACCCAUACGAUGAUCCAUACCAAAAUAUUGGCUUGUGUGGCUGCCGUCGGACCUCCAAAUCACGCUGUGUAUCGGCAAUCGGAGUAAUGAUUUUAUUGUUGACAUACUCGGCAAUGGGUUCGAUUCUCUUUAUGUCACUCGAGAGUGAAGAGGAUAUGGGGAAAACGGUUGAAACAGCUGUGGCCGCAUCAAAGCCUAGAACUGACUUAGUGAAUGCUGACAUUCGUUCCAGAACGGUUGAUAGGCUGUGGUCGAUUACAGAGGAUCUAAAUAUCUUGUACAAGGAAAAUUGGACUCGGCUGGCAGCGAAAGAAGUUCAACAAUUUCAGGAUAUGCUUCUGCGCUCAGUGCGAGCCACGAAGAUUCAACAAACUGGCAUCCAACCAUCAAUAAAACCGCAUAAAUGGACCUAUGCAUCGGCAUUAUUGUAUUCAAUCACACUAAUAACUACAAUUGGUUAUGGAGGGAUAUCUAUAAGAACGCAUACCCGGAUUGCUGCACUGUUGUACGCGCUGUUCGGGAUACCACUUGUUUUGCUCUACUUAUCGGUCAUGGGAGAUGGGUUAUCAACGAUAAUGCGUUGUCUGUUCCGUCGGUUGCUCAUUGGUGGAACGAGACGCAGUCGAAGCGAAAGCACGAGCAGCCAAAGUAGCGGAAAUAAUUCGAAUAGCAGCAGCAGCACUGGUAUUGGCACUAUCAAUGGUCGAACCGACAACGGUUCAAUCGUCGAUAAGAGUUUUCAUAAUGCAUCACUGGUUGCAUCCAACUCAAAAGGCGGCAAGCUAACGAAAGCAAAUCAAAACUAUGAUAACAAUUACAGUAAUCAAAUGUACAACUAUUCGUACGAUCAGCACUCGAAUGGAGUGCUAUGGAUGUCAAUCAUGAUAUUGAUAUCAAUCAUGAUAUUAGUCUGUUACAUUACCUUGGGCGCUGCCUUAUUUCAUCGGAUCCAAACGUGGAAUGUGUUGGAGAGCUUGUACUUUUGCUUCACGUCACUCGGCACAAUUGGCUUUGGUGAGCUGGAGCCAAAAGGGAAUGUUGCACAGUAUGUGGCCAGUGCGUACAUUUUAAUUGGAAUGGCCGUUGUUGCGAUGUGCUUUAAUCUCAUCCGAACGGAAAUUAACAUGUGGUUGCGACGAUAUGAUGGUGGUGGUGAUGGUGGUGGUGAAAAGUCAUAUGCAUCAACGAUCAGCGGACCGGGCAACGGGCGAAAUGUUAGCGCCGGCAUUUCACAAAAUACUUUUGCACAUUUGAUGCCACCGCAUCAUAAUCAUUUGAUGCAUCAGCUGCAACCGAGCACUGGACCAAUCGAAGAUGUUGCCCUUGUUACGGUGGCGGUCACACCAAAAUCCUGACUAAGACCAUCGGAUCACUUGGUAGGCCAAGCGGGUAUGGCGAACACAUCGACAUUCAACUCGCUACCAAGACGAUCCAAUCUGACAUUCCAAAGAAAUACGCCGGCACGACGAUCGGCUGGGCCAUUAGAGAGUCACAUCGAGUAUUUUGUGCCGCGCAGCGUAAGCGAAUUUAAUUUGGCGGGCGUUGGUGAUAUCGCAUUGCCAAUGCAAAUGCCACAACAACAAAGACGUUCGCCUCCGCCGUCGAUUCUCUCGCACACCCGAUCAACGGGCACAAUUAUGAUUCCCAUACAAGAGAUGCAACAUCAGCAUCAUCAACAGCAACAUCAGCAACAACAACAGCAACAAAUGCACGCAAUGAGCUCAGCCCAAUCCGCGUUGCCACCAAUAAAACCUCGCGAAAAAAUGGUUACAUUUGAAGAUGAAACAAAGUGCCCGCACGGCGUACCAACCACACCACGUAAAACCAUGCCAAUGACUGGCGUUAAUGAUGUAUUUAUGUGACGUGAGGGUGGGUGAAACGAACCGAACACGAAACAACAAUACCCGGGCGAAGUGAUCAAAGUAUAGAGUGUACACAUUGUACAUGUGUGUGUCAUAACAACCAAUAUGCACAUUGUCUAUCACUCCUAUGAUUCACACCAAAAAUUCAUAGCGCAUCGGGUUUUUGUUGCUUUCGUCAAUUUUCAUUUCGGUUAGAUUUCAUCCCAGUCCCAGUCUGAAAAUUUCACCACCAUCAUCAUUACCACCGCCACCCCUCCACACAAUAAUCACACCAACUAAAAGUGGCUAUUUUGUAGUAUUUACUCUCGAUAUCGAAUUUACCGAGAACUGAGCCACGCAAACGAAUAACACAACACAUAAGAAUGCACACAAAUGCUUUGUGUGAUGCGUUGAAAUGUGGUUUUAAUUAAUGUGGCAAACGCGAGAGGAGAGAUGGAGACAGAGAUGCAAAAACAUUGAAAUUAUUCAUGUGCUCAUCAUAUCGUGAUGAAAUUAUUAUCAAAAUUGCAUAGAACGCAUUCAGGUCGACGUAUCGUGCAUAUGCAUCUUUGUGCAUGACAUGCGAUGAGAAUGCGUUUUAAAGAAUAUAGAUAGAACAUAUAUUUAUCGGUUAAGAUGCGGACGUUUUGUUUGCAAAUGCUGAUUGGAUCACAUGAUGUGUGUGUGUGCGUAAUGUUUACGGUUGUUGAAAAUGUUUUGCGCGGUUUUGGGUCGACGAUGGGCCUAGAUUACCACCACACAUACAAUCAUACAUACAAUUAUUUACACCCAUUUUGGAUUCAAUCUCAAAUGCAAUACCACAAACACACACACACACACACACACGCACGCAUGCAUACAUAAAUGUAUUCGAAGAGGAGUGAAAAACCGUUAAUUAAUACAGCGUCAGCAUUUAUAGUUUCAUUAAAUCUGGAGUCUCAUGGGAAAUCAAAUAUGCGACACGUAGGGACGGAACGGCCGGAGCGAGAUGGCAAGGGAGUGCAAUGGAGGAACUGUGGUAAAAUUUUGUCAUCGAACAACGUUAUCAUCUUACCAGAGACCAGAAGCUUAGCGACCAGACACUUGAAAGCAACCGCAGCUCGGCAUAUCAAAAACCAUUUUGCAUAUAGAUCUCAUUACACAAACCGACACACGGUGCAUUUGAUCGCAUGAAUUUUGUACAAUAAUUUGAGUACACAUUGCAUUCAAUUGUGCAAUUCAGUGGCUGUGCCAAUUUCUCUCUCGCUUCGUCUCUUCUUCUGUACUCUUGGUCGUGUCGCAAUAAUCGCCCAUGUACGAUGAUGCAAGCGGCCUCCUCAGAAAUAGUGUAAAUAUUUGCUUUUCGAAACAAAUACAUGCAUGUGAGCAUACGGAGUAGCAUCAAAAGUUCGUAUAUAUAGAAAAUAUUUAUACAUGCAUACAUUCAUUCGUUUGCAUUACGAACCCAACGACACAUAAGUCAAAGUGUGUGAACUACCGAACUAUACAAGUACAUACACACACACGCUGAAAGGAACAAAGACAGAGAUAUAUCCGUAUUGAAAUGUAUUAUGUCAAUUUUCCAGGUCACUGAUUCGGCAUAAAUUAAUAUAUUUGUUGUGGUGCACCAGCACGGCGGCGUUCAACACAUAAUAUCGCUUAACGUCUUACAAUUUCUCGUUCUACAUAAGCUGUAAUGUGUGUAUAGCAUGGAUAAUAGAAAUGAAAAUACACUCAGAUUAUCUUUAGUCAUAAAUCACACAUGGUAAAAGUCUGAUUGUGGUUUACUGUAUCGGGUAAAUAUCAGGUAGCAUAAUCAUGAAAAUUGCAUUAAAUGGAUCGAAUCAUCGAUUAUUUCUUGGAGAGCAUUUUUUUUCUCUCUCUAGGAUACCAGAAGCUGAAAUGUUAAAUAUUUGAUCGAAUUAUUAUUGGUUUAUUAACUAAAAGCACUUCACACAUUUGCGAUAAAUGUCAAAUCAAUUAGAUGACAUCACUUCAUAAAAAACCUCUCAUCCACACUAAAUCGCAGUUCAUUUUUUCUCCAUCUUCCUCUUUCCCAACGCCAACCGAUCCAUUUAUGCUCUGAACCAACCAUCCAUGGUGCAACAGCAUGGAACAUCUACGGACAUCGAGUGUAAAUAAUUUCAAAGCAAACACGUCACAUGCAACAUUUAAUAUAAUGCCAAAAUAAGGGUGAGCCGCGAUUUUUGCAUAAUAAUAUACGAACGGGUUCGCGCAUAUAUUUGCUUUUUUCGAUGGGGGCAAAAUACACAGAAAUCGAUUAAAUUUGACACACAUACACACAAGCCAAAUAAAUGUUAAAAGUAAACGUACAUGUCAUUUGUGUAUGGAUGCAACGUCUCAUUGCGACGAAAUGUUUUCAUCAGAAAUUCUUACCAAUACCAUUAGUUAGUUAGCUGUAAAUUAAGAGGCAUGCAGGUCAUUUUUAUGUAAAACUUAUUGGCAUGAUAUGCAAACGCUAAACGAAAUUUUCAAUAGAAAGAGCUAUAUAAAUUCCAUUAGUUUGUAAUUCCAAAGUAUUUAAAACAAAAACAUUAGCGAAUUUCGAUUCAAAUGUCCCAAGACUUUUUCAAAUCAAAUCAAAUUAUUGUAAACAAAGAAUAAAUUGGGAAAUGUGUCAACAAAUAGCAACGCAUGUAUGUUGAUGAGAUUAAUCAUUCAAUGAUUUAAUAAUUUUUCUUUGCUUUUCUUUCUUCCAUAAAUGAGGAAAAAACAUAUGCCAUUUAGAUAGAUAUGAUUGCAUUUUUGGAGGGACAUUGAAUGUAUGUAAAAUCAACAAAAUUACGGAAGCUUUUUAGACAUGAAAAUGUGAUUUGGAAUCGAAUUUUUUCGAAAGAAAACGAAUAACGAAUCGAAAGACGAAUCAGAGAAAAGAAACGAUCAUGGAAAAUUCAUGCAAGUUCAAGUAUGAACUUCGAAGGCAUGUGCUAUCAAUUUAAAUAUGUCAAAUGCAACUCACAAUAAACCACAGCAUCGACUGAGUACGAACGCACGUUGAAACAAGGGAGAAAAAAUGCCAUCUCAAGCUUUGGUUUUUCUUUGAUUUUUGUUUUAGCUUUGUCUUUCGAUUUGAUGGCAUGUCUUUUAAAUGUGGAAUGCCACCGGAACAAUUCACUAGCUAUAGAUCAAAUAUCAGUAUUGUGCGCUGCCAUCGAAAGGAAAAGUUAUUUUAAUCAAGCUAUUCAGUAAAAAAAAAGAACAUUUCUAUAAAAGUCAAUAUUGGUUUAAACAAAAGAACAACAACAACAUAUAUCGACGUCAAUGAUAAAUAAAAAUAUAUUACAAAUCAUUCUAGGCACUAUAAGAUAAACAGAGGAUACUGUAAUUAAGUGUAAUUUACGAUGUAAGAGGAAAUAACAUUUUCAACAUUAGGCCAAAACAAAGAUUUUAAAUAUUUUAAAUUAAUAAAACGAUGUCAAAUAAUAAA